CGUUUGACAUUCGAACGAUGUGAACGUGUGUAUAAAUUCACUUCGAAUGGUAUAGUUUCGUGCAUGAGCGACAAGCGGCGGUCGAUGUUUUUUGUUCGAUGUGAGACGGUUAAUUUUCGAUUUGUUAUGAAAGAAAAUGUGAAUUAAUACUGGAAUUUGCAUUGGGCGCAUCCGAAUAUAAAUCAUAAUUGGCGAUUUCAAUUUGAUCGGAAAAGAAGUACUAUAGCAAACUGUAGACGAUGUGUGUUUGUUUACAUAAAGUUAUUAUUGUUUGUUAUGUUGGUGUCGACUCAAUUAAUUUAACACGAAUACCUACCAUAAUCUAUCCGUAAUUAAAAAUUGAAAUUGUCAAUUAAAUGUUGAUAAGAUUUGAUAAAGAGAUAUCGAAUAUAUAGACAUUCCGAGUCGAACUUUAUAUGCGGGACUUUGUGUUCAUUUUUACUUCGUUUUUUUUUUAAUUCGAAAUAUGAGGAAAUUCGAGUGUGUAGAGUGUAUGUUUUAAAGUGUUAAUGGAAUAAUUUAGUAAAUACCUUGGAUAAAAAUCUAUGACAAAAAAAGUGUCAUAAUGAAUAGCCGAGCAUCUUCGAAUAGGCCUCAGUUGCCACUGCCUAGUCGACGAAGACCACCGACUAGAAUAGCAACACCCACUGUGCAACGGCAAUCAUACAUAGAAACUGAAUCUAAUAUACUGAGGAUCAACAUUCCCGGAAAUACUCAAGCCACACCAGUAUUCGCUUCGGUACAUCGUCCACGUCAGUCCAGUAUUUCAGCAAUUCAACGGGAAAAUCAGCAGCAAAGAUAUGCGUCACAAAUGCAGCAACAAUACAAUCAGCAUUCGGAAUUUGCAAUAACAGGACAAUUUAUGGAAAAUAAUCGUUACCAGCAUUCGAUGGCUGUGACGAUACCACAUCCACAAAAAAAUCAAUUGCAACAGAUGCAGCAAUCGUAUCACCAUAAUCAACUACUACAGAAUCAACAGAAUCAUCAGCCAAAGUUAAUUUUAUCGCAACAACAACAACAGCAAUCAAAUAGUCGUAUGUCGUCUACGCCGUCAACGACGACGGCACCAACAUCAGCACCAACAAAUUUUAAUCAAAUUUCGAAAACGGCUACAAGUUUGUUAAAUGAAAUUUAUGAAAAGCACUUGUUGAGCCAGACAACAUUCGAAAAUGUUAAUGCUCCCACCGUCAAUAUUUAUAGAGGAAUCACAGCUGGUGCAGCACAACAAUCGGAUGCUGAUCAUAAUUUUAACAAUUUAUGUCAUCAGGUAUCUCCUUCGCCCAUUCAUCAACAGUAUCACCAUCCACGACCGCAACAGCAGCAACAACAACAAAGACAUAAUGUUGAACUAAAUGUGCAGCGAAAUGGCUUGAAUUAUGCGAAUAAUGCGGGUGAACAUUUUGGGAGUAGUAGUGGUGGAGGUGGAGAGUUGAUGCUUCAAAGAAAUUGUAAAACGCGAAUGCCAAAGCGAACUAAUGAAAAUUUGCCCCCGAAAGUGCAGAAAAACGCGAAAUAUUUAUGUGAUAGUAAACAAAGCAUUGCAAGUGGUAGAAAAUAUCCUUUGGAUGGUAGCGAGCCCAGUUUGUAUGAAAUAAGUUAUGUGCAACGGAGCAAAAUGGACGUGAAUUUAUUUUAUGGUGGUUCGGAUCUUGGUGCUAUGCAAAGUAAACAAUUCACUAGUGACAUUAAUGGUAAAAUAAGUGUCCGUACUGAGCCGGUCGGUGGAAAUUUUUAUCAGGAAAAUUUGUACGGUGGAUGCAAUGGCAUCGGUAAUAUUGGUGGUGUUGGGAUGAGUGUUGGCGCUGGAAAUGGUGUCGUCGGUGGUGCUGUGAACAACAAAUAUGAGAACCGAAAUAGUAAAAUUAAUAUAAUGCUAGAGACAUCAGAGGCAAUGGCGCAGGCUGUUCGUUUUGCCAGGGCUGCUCAGCGACUAGCGAAUAAUAAUGCUGCUCCAAAGACACGAGUUCCCGACAUGCCAACAACGGAAAGGGGUGGAUAUUGUGGAGCAUUACAACGUGCUCCGCCAGCAAUGCCAGCGGGUCUGGCAAGACGAUUGGCCAAUAAAGAUAACUUUGGAAUGGGCAAGGUAAAGGUCAUGUUACGCAUUGCCGAUAGUCAACCGGAUGUAGCGAAUCAGCAUUUCAUGUGCAUCGACAAGAAGAAACGUCAAGUAACGCUGACAGAUCCGGCCACAGCAGUUUCCAGCACCUCAACGGCUGCAUCAUCACAAGAACGAGGACCGAUGGUUGCCGCACCAAAAAUGUUUGCUUUCGAUGGGCUUUUUACAUGCGACGAUACGCAGGCGGAUGUAUGUUCAUCGGCGUUAUCUGAAGUUAUACCUGCUGUGCUUGAAGGUUCAGAUGGAUGCUUAUUGACUUUGGGAUAUCCUCAAGCUGGACAAUCAAAGACGAUGUUUGGAUCGGUUUCAUCAGCUGGAGAUCUUGGCGCCAUACCAUGUGCCAUUUCUUGGUUAUUUAAAGGAAUCAACGAAAGACGGCAAAAAUCAGGUGCACGAUUUUCGGUUAGAGUCAGUGCAUUGGGUGUCAAUGCAACGAAACCUGGCUCUUCAUCCAAAGACUUACUGGCAGCACAUAAAACAGAAUCAGACGAAUCGCCCAGCAGUUAUUUGCGUGACGAUUUUCUGGGUGGACCCACCGAACUUCGAGCACCGACUGCGGAACGAGCAGCACUGUUCUUGGACGCAGCACUAUCGGGUCGUCAUCAAGGUGUUUUAGAUCCGGCGCUCAUAUUCACCCUCCACGUGUACCAAUACUCUUUGGGUGGCAAAGGUGCUGUUGCGGGCGGUAGAAGUCGUUUACAUUUAAUCGAUUUGGGAGGAUGUGCCAACCGAAAUGGUGGCAUUCCAUUAUCGGGAGUCGGAAAUGUUUUAUUAGCAAUUCUCAGUGGCCAAAGGCAUCCACCGAAUCGAGAUCAUCCGUUGACUCCAUUACUGAAAGACUGUUUAGCUCCAUUAACUUGUCAUGUGUCCGUUUUGGCACAUGUAUCACAUCGACAGAAUCACACAGACGCACUAACCACUAUACAGUUAGCUUCUAGAAUUCAUAGAUUACGUAGAAGAAAGCAUAGAUUUCCAUUGUCAUCUGAUAAGUUAGGUGUUAAUAAUACAGGUAACCAAUCAGGAUCUUCUGAGGGUCCAGAUCCAUCAAGUUCAGACCUUUCGGCUGAUACUGUAAUUUAUAUGGGCCCAAGUGAUGAUGCCACAGACGGCGAACAUCCUCCGGUCUAUUUACCGUCGCUUAGUUCUGGUGAUAAUCGAUGUUCAAUGAACAAGGCUCUUAAGGGAUCGGUCGUCGAGAAAGCGAGCAAACUUCCUUUAAAGAAAACAACGACAAAACCUCAAAGUCCUGUGCCAGCCCAACGAACUGAUAGUCUUAAGCGUAGAACGGUAUCGAACUCUAGUCCCGUGCCAUGUGAUGUUCCUCAACAAAAUAUUUCUGCAUAUCAAUACGGCUGUUCGCAAGCCGCUCAAAAUCCCGGACCAAUGCCAAAUUCUCCGAAAAUGAUAGCAGCAGCAUAUCGUAAUGUAGGUAUAAAUAAGGGUUCAAACGUACCAACGCCAAAAGGUUCGCCGUUGCGACGACCAAACACCAGCAAUCAGGGAAGUCCAAAACGGCACGUGAACAGCGAAGAGGAGCAAUGGGUUGAUGGUCCAAGGUUGUCAAGAUCCAAAGUAGCGGAAGCACGACAUUUGCUACGAGAAAUCAAUCACGUCAAACAGCGUGAGCAGUGGAUCGAUGGACCAAAAAUGUCUCCAGCUAAAACGUUGGUCGCUGGCGCAUUACCCGGAAGUUCAACGCCCGGCUACGGUUAUAUGGAUAGUCAUAAAAAGAUUAUGAUUCGUCAAUGGGUUGAAAACCAGACAUCUCAGAUCUUUCAGCCGAGCGCCAGCAGUUCACCACAACAUCAGUCCAGUCAUCAAGCAAAUGCAAAUUUGCAACUAUUCCGGAAUCCUCAACCAGAAUUUGAUCGAAUUUCCAUUGGAUCUUCGUCGCACGUUGGUGACUUGGUCAAUGGAUUGAACAGCAUGCCAGUAGUGAACACCGGUGAAAAUGCAAUUCGAGUGGAACUGAAACAUUCACAAGAUCAAUGUGACGAAAAAUCCGAACGAUCGACAUCAUCCGCUUUAAAUAAGCACAACGACUCGCAGGAAGAAGAAGAUCAAGAUAGUGGCCCGUCGGAAGUGCCACCCGCUUUACCGCUACUAGAACCGUUAGGUUCCCGAGAGAUAUCGCAUGACAGCUUGCAUAUGAUGUGUUCGCGACAUGUGUCUCGUGAAAGUUUGGGCAUUGCCAGUCAUCAGAGCCAUCAAACUCAUCAUACACUUGCCAGUCAUCAGAGUCAUAUGAUUCAUGUAAGAGAUUGCGGCCUCCAAGUUACUGAAGACGACAUCGUUAAAGCUAUGGGCGACCACCCACUGAGUAUUCUAAGUCAAGGCAAUGUGUCAGUAGUCUCAAGUUUCAACAACUUAGGAGAUGCGUUUGGUGAUUGCAGUAAUGGUGACAGAACGAAACAUCAAUUUGAUCAAUUGGCGCGUCUUCGAGAAAUUUACACCUCACAACUAGCCAUGGCUGAAGUAGUUCCUGCGUUUCGCAUCAACGAUGCAUGUAGUGUGUUUAGUGAACCGGCCUAUCGAUUUAUUGCCGGUCCAGGUAGUGUAUGCUCUGAACCAGCCUAUCGACCGCCAAGCCCACGAUGCAGUGGUUGCCGACAAUCGAUUGGCCUAUCGCGAACACCCAGUCAAAAUUCACUUCCCAGUUUGAAUGGCAUCGUAACGAUAGCUGGAAUGGAGCAAUACGCAUCAUUACGCCAUCCGGAUGGUGCAUCUGAUCCGAAUUUACAACAAAAGUCUGAACAAAAUUCUUCCGUACAAAAUAUUGACGAAACGACCGAACUUCUCCACAAACCACCGUCUAUAGAUUUAAGUGAACACAAACUGCUGCAUUCAGAUACGCAAAUGCUUGCAACAAAGCAUCAGUUACAACAACAACAGCAGCAGCAGCAGCAGCAACAACUACAACAACCACAACAACAAUUACCUCCACUGCCAUUGUCCACACCGGAAGCAUACGAUAGUGGACACGAUUCGUCAACGCCCCGAACGUCGAAACAUUCCGGCAUAUCGAGACGUGCGGAAAGUGGUUACCACAGUGUGGCAACGGUUCGUGACAGUGACGAAUCGAGUUAUGGUUCGGAAGCCUAUCGUGGACAACAACGAAUUACCGUCAAAAAGCGAGCUCGACAGGACAAGUCACUGUGCAAUUGGUUGAGAAAUCCGUUCACGUGUACAUAUCCUGAUACAGAGGGUGAGAUUAGCGAUUUUUAAUUAUUUUUUUUAAAUCAAAUUUAAUGAAAACAAAAAAUGAUUUGCCUUGCGUUUAUUUAAAUUAUAUAAAAUUUAGCUGCGAUGUGUCGAGUACUUUGUGUUUCUAAAAACAAAUUGAUUGAUUUUUGAUGCGCACAAUUUUAAAUAAUUGUUAAAGUGGAUGCAUUUUUAGCAUUUGUAUUAACGGAAACGAAUUCCGUUUUUCAUGAAUUAAUUUAUUUAUUUAUAGAAAUGGAAUUAUUGCUCUGGUUGUUGUUUUCUUUUUUUAACGACGAUGAAUUGUUACAUUGA